AUGUCUGUUAUCUCAUGCCUCAUCCAAAUAGGUCCCCCAGCUCGCCAAGCCUGCGAAUUCACUGAAAGCGGGCCUUGGAUGGGCUUCCUCUCUUUCAACAGCCCUCAAUGCCUCCCUCAAGCCCCCUUCUCACAACUCCUCGGUCCGAAGGCUCUGUCCCCGUCCUCCUUCCGUCGCGUCAAUAGCAGAUAUUUUUGUCGGCUCGCUGGUUCUAGCAAGCUUCUGCCACGAACACUCGCCGAGUCGUCGGGAGUUGUCGACAGUAGCAGGGUGCCUCGGAUCUUAAUCUUCAAGGAAUUCCAGAGCAGCGCCACUAAUUCGCAGACCGCUACCACCCGACGACAACCAGAGUAUUCAAGCUCAAGGUUUGAUCUGUCGCAACUAAAAUUGAUCAGCAAUGGAUUGGCA